AUGGGGCGGCGGUUCCCGGCGCGCUUCUGGGUGUCGCUGACAUGGGCGAUCCUCGGGGCGUUCCAGUUCGGAUAUCACCUCGGGGUGCCGAACAUCCCCAUGGUGGACCUGUCGGAGCAGUUCGACUUCUCGCUCUCCGGCGGCGCGUCGAUCCUCGUCGGGUCCAUGCUAGUCGGCGCCUUCCUCAGCGCCCUGACCGCAGGUUCCGCCGUGGAGCGUUAUGGCAUUCGCGGCGCCCUGGCGCUGUUCAACUUGCCGGUCUUCGCGUCCACGCUGGUGUCGGGGCUGAUCCCGCGGUCGGCGGGCUUCUGGGCGCUGUGCGCGCUGCGCUUCGGCGUCGGGCUCGGCGUGGGGCCGUUCGUCGGCAUUUCUCCCCAAUACCUGGCGGAGGUGUCGCCCGCGCAGCUGCGGGGGCGCAUCGGGGUGCUGAACGCGGUGGGCGUGGCGUCGGGCAUUCUGACGAGCUACGUGCUGGGCGUGCCGUACGGCGUGGGGGCGUCGCGCGUGGGCGGCGUGGCGUGGUGGCGGGUGAUGUUUUCGGGGGCGGCGGCGUUUAGCGCGGUGAUGUGGGGCCUGACGCUGGUGGCGCCGGAGAGCCCGACGUGGCUGCGCGACCACGGGCGGGCGGAGGAGGCGGACGCGGCGAUAUCGAAGCUGUACGGCCUGCCACCACCAAAGCCGGGGGCGCGGUAUAGCGACGUGGAGAGCGCGCUGGGCUCCGUCGCGGAGGACGAGGACGGCGACGGGGAGGACGUGCGGGGAGCUGCGGAGAAGGGCGGCAGGAAGGGCGGCAGCGGGGACGCGGGGUCGGGCGAGACGGCGGAUGUCGGGGGGGUGCGCUUUGGGUCGGAGACGGUGGCGCCGGCGGCGGUGGAGGCGACGGUCGAGGCGGCCGGCGGGAAGAAGGGCGCAGAGAGGGAGGACGAGGAGGAGGCCGCGGUGUCGCCGUGGGAGGCGAUGAUGCGGCCGGGGUACCGCAAGGCGACGUUGUUGGCGAUGGGGGCGCCGUCGCUGCUGCAGCUGUCGGGGGUGAACACGGUGAUCAUAUUCUCGUCGGCGGUGUUCGCGGACGCCGGGCUGGACAACGCAGUGGUUGGCGCCGUGAUCGUGGGCGCGGCGAACCUCAUCGGCGCGGCGCCUGCUUUCUUCCUCAUCGAGCGCUCCGGCCGCCGGAGCCUGAUCUUCGCGGGCCACCUCGUCAUGGGCACGUGCCUGGCGCUGGUGUCUGUGUUCUACUUCUCGGGGAUGGACGCCACGGUGCGCGGGUGGCUGACGGUGGCGUGCUUCGUGGUGUACAUGGUAUUCUUCAACAUCGGGCCGGGCAGCACGGCGUUCGUGUACGCCCCGGAGAUCCUGCCCGACGAGAUCCGCAGUCAGGGUAUGACGCUUGCCAACGCGGCGCACUGGCUGCUCAACAUCGCGGUCGGGACGUCGUGGCCGUUUUUGUCGGACUGGAUCGGCGUCGGGGCGGCGUUCCUGAUCUACGUGGCGCUCAACGCGUGUGGGGUGUGCUACGCACAGUUCCUGAUGGUGGAGACAAUCAAGAGGACGUUCCGGCAGAUAUCGGCGCGUGUGGGAAUCAAGCAGAGCCUGACGAUCCGGAGGAACGUGUCGUCGGCGGUGCGGGCGCGGCGGUAG